AUGGCUUCUGUGCUAGGUCAUGAGCAGGGAGGGCGGGGCAGCGAGAACCGAGUGCAGGAUAUCCUGUCCAUGUGCCCGGCCACCAUGGGCUCCGGCCUACAAGCUGCACUUAAUGAGACGGAAGAUAGCGGUGUGUUGCGCACGAAAGCUGUGGAUACAAUUAAGGGUUUGCUGCAGCAAGUCAAGGAAAACAUCAAGAACCCGGACCGCAGCCUCUGCAGCGACCUCCAGCGAAUGGCCGAGCUACGGCCCAAGGUGUUUCGCGAGCCCGAGCUGCUAGAGUCCGUGGGCGAGGUUCUGACGGGGAAAGGGGCCAAGACCGCGAUACAGUCGUCGGGAGGGCGGGAGGCCCCGUGUGUCGCGCAGGCGGCGGCGUGCGCGAUGCUGACCGCUGCGCUGAAGGCGUUGCCGGAGUGGCCCAUCGCCCUGCUAGAUAUCUACAUGCACGACGCGCUGGGAGGGAGGCAGUGGGCCUCCCACUCCGCCUGCAAGCCGUUCGUGGACAACGUCCGCACGGCGUGGGCACCCCCGACGCCACCUCAGGUGGUGCUCCCUUUUCAGUCUGAGUCGUACGGCAGCAGCGUGGACCCGGAGGACGGUUCGAUCCCGCUGUGCACCCUUAAGCACCACCCGUACCUCAUCGAGCACACCGUCCAUUGGGCCAGAGACACGUUCGACGGUCUGUUUCAGGCACGUCCCCGAAACGCUGAGAGGCUGCUGAAGGCGUGCGGUUCUCCAGGGGAGGAGGCCGUUGUGAUGCAGGAACUGAGGGGACAGGGCGCGUUCUCGUGCUGGCAGUCUUUGCGAGACGCCCGCCUAGACCUGGAGGAGGAGGUGCCUGAGACCUUCGGGGACUGCCUGCAGUGGGCCAAGGAGCAAUUCGCCUCCUUCUUUCAUGAUUCCGCCGAGGAGCUGCUGAAGCAGCACCCACUGGGGAGCACGGACGACGAGGGCGAUCCCUUCUGGACAGGGGUCCGCCGUCCGCCGUCCCCUCUCAAGCUGGACUCGGCCAACCUCCUCCACCGGGAGUUCGUGUGGUGGGCCUCGGUGCUCCGGGCGGGUGUCUACGGUGUGGAGGUGCCUAGAUCCGUGCGUGAUCUCCAAGCCCCGGUGGCAGCUACAGCGGGUGGCGGCGGCGGUGGCGGCGGUCGGGGGCACCGCCAGGGAGAAACCGGAGGGUUGGGGGGGGCGUCCACGGCAAACAAGGAGGAGGGUGGCCAAAGACGACGACAGCAACAGCGACGGCGAGAGCAACAGCGAGAGCAAUCGCCCAGAGAAGGACGGCGACAUCGGCCCUUGGCCAAGGCGACCGAGUCGGACCCUGACGAGACCAUCGAGCCGCUCAUACGCUCGGAGCUGGCGGGGCUCAGGGAGACGGCCGACGACGACCUCAACGGACACGUGGACUUCAUCACCGCAGCCUCCAACCUCCGCGCCUCGAACUACGGGAUACCCGCGGCGGACAGGCUGUCGACCAAGCGCAUCGCGGGGAAGAUUGUUCCCGCCAUCGCCACCACCACGGCCGUCGUCUCCGGCCUCGCCUGCGUGGAACUCCUCAAGCUCAUACAGGGAGCCCCGAUCACAGACCACAAGAACGGUUUCGUCAAUCUCGCCGCUCCCUUCGUGGCAUUUUCGGAGCCCCUCGAGGCCGAGCCGAUCGACGGGGCCUCUGGGGGCGGGGGGGAGGGGGGGUUCACGAUCUGGGACAAGGUGGUGGUGGACGGGGCGGCCGAUCUGACGGUCAGGGGGCUUGUGGAGUUCUUGAAGAGCGAGCGCGGUGCCGCCGAGGUGUCGAUGAUCUCGUACAAGAACGCCUUCCUGUACGCGAGCUUCAUGCACGGCGACGUCGACGACGAAGGCGAAGAAGGCGACCCCCACCCCGUCCUAGACACGCCUCUGUGGCAGCUCGCCGAAGCCCUAGACACCGACGGAGGCCAAGACUGGAUGUCCCGUGACGGCGGCGUCAGCGGCGGCGGCGGCGGCGACGGUGGCGGCGACAAGGUCGUCGAUCAAGCCGUCCCCGCGUCGCCGUUCACAAUGGGAGGAGACGCCGCCGCCGCCGUUUUCGACGACGCGACGGCUACGAUGGACGACGGUUCCGGUGGCCCCGGGUUUGCGGAGGUGUACGGAGACCAAGGGUACGGCGGGGGCUUGUACGGUGUCGUCGAAGGAACGGCGGCGGCGGCGGCGGCGGGGGUGUGUGUGGGGCAGGACGGCGAUUGGCCGUACGGCGGUAGCGAGGGUGACGGAUUUGGGGUUCAUGGCGGGGCCGGGGUCGGGGGGGGUGACGGAGGUGUUGUCGGCAACGGGUGGCAGGGCGGGGGCUCGUACGGUCAGGACUGGCAGGCGCAGCAAGGCGGCUGGGAAGACGGGCAGCAACAGAAAGCGUCGUCGGGCGCUUGGCAGGAAGGAUACUCGACUCAGACUCAACAGCAGGAGUCCGGCGGUGUCGCUUCGUGGGGGGGUUCCACCGGGAGCGCGGCUUUCUGGGGGAGGGCCGGCAGGGAAGAGUCGUUCUGGGGAGAGGAAGCGAAGCCGUGGGCGGCGGCGGCAGAGACGGCGACGGCAACGGAGACAGAAGGACCGGUGGCGGUGGCCGGGGCGUCGACGCCCGACGAAGGUGCCGAUGCUUCGGCUGUGCCCGCUCGCGAGGAGGAGGAGGAGGAGGAGGAGGCGGACCCGCCGGUGUUCGACUGGUUCGAGGAAGAGUUUUGGGGAGUGGCGGCGGCGGCACAGGGGGAGCAAGACGAAGAACACUCCAACACCGCUGCCGGCGGGGGUGCUGCUGCUGGUGAUGUUAACUUCGGCGGCGGGAGCGGUGGAGGUUUGGGCGGGAAGGGUUUCCGCCGCGCCUCUCCUGUGGCGGCGGGCUCUGGUUGGGCGGCUCCCGCUCCGGCGGCGGCCGCGGAGGCGGCGGUGUUGGAACCCCCAACGAGGGCAAGUCGGCCAGAGUCGCUGGUCGAGGACGGCGAUCAGGAGCGGAGGCGAUGGCACGCGCAGGAGGAAGAGGAGGAGGAGGAGGAGGAAGAGGAGGAGGGGGAGAGCGACACCGGAGAUCGCCACGAAAGCAACGACGCCGCUGUUACCGCCCUCAAGAGAGAAAGCGGUGGGGCGCGAGUCCGGCAACGGCGACGCUACCUCGACCUCCAAGUGUUCUGCGACGACGAGGACGGGGAGGAGCUGAGGCUUCCACCCGUGCGGCUUGACAUGCGGAGUUCCGCCCGCGGGAGCGGGGCUUCGCCUAGGCGUGAGAGAGAAGAAGAAAGUGCGGAGGGGGCGGUGGCGGCGGAAGUUAGAGAAGGCCGGCGAGGUCUGGUAGGGAGGGUGUGGGGGGCGUUCUUUGGACCGUUGCAGGCCGGGGUCGGGGGUAGCAGUGUGGAGGGGGAGAUGGCCGGGGAUAGUGAAGAGGACGAGGAGUGGUCUGAAUCUCAAGAAGAUUGACAGCAGUAGUCGUCAGUGGAAGUCAUUUGUCGGGCCUUUGUUUUUGAAAGUCUGUCGACGCCAGGCACGAUAGACGAGGGGCGUUUGGUUUUGCUGACAGUACGGGAAACAAAAAAUGUGCGUUUAGUUUGUGUCCUCUAUUGGCUAGUAUGCGUUGUAAUGGCUAUACCUAUUUACACUUUAUAGCUCCUGCAUCCUGUACGAAACAUUCGAAUUGGCCAAGUUGUGUAAAAUGGUUUCAUAGCGGGGCCGUUUAUUUUUGUUUCUGUUGCCUAUCUUAGGUGGUUGUGUUCAGUGGUGCUUCUCAGGCCUUUUCUGUCUCUCAUGUUGUUGUGCUUUUGUUAUAACGUAGGUGGAGUCUUGAGUCACUCAUGAGGAAAAACCAGGAUAUCACACACCGUUUCUUAUAUUUUACGAUCAGGCCCCCUCACGCGCAUGCAUGCGCAGCCACCUGUAGUAAAGUCUGUCAACAAAUCAACAGCAAACACACUAAUAGCACGUCCGACGACAAACAUAUUAAACAAGUCAAACCAACAACUACAAGCUACAACACGAAACGAGCAAAACUGCGUGGGCGCUCUGAAAAUACGACCGCACAAAAACUGCCCACAUCCUAGUUUACGUACGUCCUGAAGGUAGGGAGGGGUAAAUCGCUGGGUAGACAGCCAACGGUAGCCCCACCUUCCUGUAUCGGGCCGUGCGAUGCGCCGCUACGUCUACACCGCGUUUUUACGCGUGUCAAACAAGUCGGCAAGUCAAACACCCUCGCCAUUUGACAGCAAGUCCUCCCCCAGGGAUGCGAACUCGAUGGCCUACCGACUACGGCGUGCUUGUACAUGAGUACCGCCCCACCCCACCCCACCCAAAAUCAAAGGAAAAACGCUGUUUGCAGCACCCGCAAAACUUGCGACAACCUCCACCGGGAGCACAAGACGACAUACAGGAGCGUCGACGCGGGAAGCGUUGCUCUGAUGCAACACCGAACGCCUGCAACAGACAACAUACGACAACAUCAAGACGGGAGGAGGAGGAGGAGGAGGAGGAAGAAGUGCAAAGAAGAAGAACGCAUGUACCGACUUACGAGCAACAAUCACGGAAUCGAUCAAUCGCGGGAUGGGGGCUGUGCACAUGCACACCAGCAACCAAUCAUCGAGAACAGGCCGGGCGAACUCGACCCUCAACAAGGAACAAGCUCUCUCUCUUGACUUUUGCACACCCCUAAUCCAACCACUGGCUGGGUGUUCCACAGCACACCAAGCUACGGCGACACACGACCUCCCACGCCGACAUGCAGCACGAACGCUCCCAUGUGUAUAGGGACACAGAUGACCAUGAACACUACUGACCGCCAACGCCGGAUCUCACACAGACGACUGUGACGCCAGCCACCUAUCUUCGCGUGCUGCCAGCUAGAGCUGUAUGUAUGCCCGACGAAAAAGCGACAAGCCCUCGCCAACACACCAACUGACAACGACGAUGCCCCGAGGUAUGCAUGCAACACAAAAGAGUUUACGUCUUGCUGGCAAAUGCUCAGAAGAAAACAGGUCGGUCUUGAUGGGGAAGUGGGGAAGGGAGCUCAUGUCGCCUGAGAAAGAAAACAAUUCUGAGCUCCCCUCCCCCGGUUUCCGUGAAAUUAAGCACCCAAGACAGCAAGAGAAAAACAAACAAACAAAAAAGUGGACUCCAUACUGCUGUACAUGACCGUGCGCGUGGCGAUCACAACAAAAACACUUCGACGCACUUUCGGGAGACAAAAAUAAGCCCGCAAAUAACACCGCGUUCCCGAAG